CCCUGUCGCACGGAUCUUCCAGCACCGUUGAGACUGAGGAUGGCAUCGGCAAGGUCACCACCGCAGUUAGGCGAAGGGACCGCAAGCAGCCAUGGCGAUGAAUCGGACAGCUCGAGGGAAGGCUCGAUUGCCCCAAAGCACGCGAAGAAGUCGAGCCACAGCGACCUUACAGCCGCUGCAGUCGCUUCCGAAUGCCUGCACACCAGCGAUGUUCAUGAUGACCAAGCGGCUCACACCGGAUACCGCGGGAGGUGCUUGUACAAGACUGGCAAGUGCGAGAACGAGCGCGCAUUGAAGACGAAUGGACAAGCUCACAACUUGUGUGACAUGCAUCGAUUCCGACAAAACCAGAACCAGCGCAAACUCGACGGGAAGAACCGACACAACCGCACGGCGUACUCGCCGUACGAUCGGAAUUCUGUCAAAGGCGAUUCCCCGGCACACACUCUGUUAACGGGCACCGACGCGUCGGUGGACCCCGUCAAACACGAACCAUUGAAAAUGCACUGUUCACGAUCGACGGAAGCCAGCUACACUGCAUCAAAGUCGACAAUUGAACUGCCGCCCCGUACGUCGAAUCGGCAUUACUUGCCGCCUCCUCCACUGCAAUCCAUGACGCAUCCUCCGUCUCCUUCCAUGCAGUACUCGGCUUCAUUCCCCACAUCCAGCCUCUCGACAUCGUCGGCAUUUCCGUCGCUACCUCACAUGCGGCGGUCGACUUCGCAAACACUCCAUACGCCCCCACAGCAACCAGCGUCGCAGCCAGUCAAGUCCGAAACAUUCACUGACGAUAUCACAGUGCCUACCCCGUCCUAUUUGAAGGGCGAAGCACGGGAAGCGUUCCGGUCCCGAGUUCUGCAGAAGCUUGUCAACAUCAUUUCAGAAGAAGUGAUGACGACAACCCAGCAGAACCACCAGCAACUGCCACCUCCCCAACAGGCCUACGAGAUGGCGCCUCCCCAGCAGUACCAGCACCACCACGAGUAUUCCGCUUCGUAUGGCUACCCCUCCUCGCAAACGUACGGGAGUGCCCCAGCCCAGCUGCCGCACUACCCUGCCCCUUCGACCUACCACCCCAAUGUAUCGCCACCUCGCGCACCCGAGUACGACGAUGACCAGUCCAACUCGUUCUAUCAGCACCAAUCGCGCAUGCCGCCAAGGUUCCUACCCCAUGAAGCAAGUGCUUCUUUGCCGAAGUUGUUUCCAGUGGCGAUGCCAACCUCGUCGUCUCCGUCCCUGCCGUCGCUGUUGCGCGCUCCACCGAAAGAGUCUGUGUCGCCCAACAGUCGAAGCUAUUUAAUUUAACUCUUGCGACACUGUUCAACUCGAUCGUCGUCACGCUGCAUUCUGCUGCCGACUCCCAGGAAAACACAAGCCGAUUGCCGCGUACGCAUGACGCGCGGCUUUGCCUGAGAGCAAGGCUGCCGCUCCGCCCGCUCUGCGUGUGCUGGUCAGUCAUCCCGACGGUCGUGUGUGCCGUCGUACCGGUUGUCCAGCUCGAUCUUGAAGUUCAAUGUGUUUUAAAUAUUAGCCAGUCAGAGACAUUUGACGGAAAUAUUUGAACCAAUCAAACAUUUAGAACGUCGCCACCUCGUGGGGGGGCUAAC